AAUUAUAUUAACCAAAACAUUAGUCCUUUACCAUAGAUUUUCUUCUUUCUUUUUUAGGAUAUUCAAAUUCUCAGUGCAAAGUCAAAGCAAGUGAAAGCAAAUUUGACUAUAGUUUAGGGUAAUGGUGACGAGGACGAGGACGAUGAUGGUGACAAUCAUUUUUUAAUUGUAUUAUAUAAUAAUAUAGAUCAUUACAUUGUUUGUAAAGUGAAGGAGAUUGCAGAAGCCCGGAAAUUUCAGUUAUUUUUCUUUAUUUUCGAGUGAGUGAAAGAAAGAGAGAAGAAAAUGGAGGUUGGGUUCUUGGGGUUAGGGAUAAUGGGGAAGGCCAUGGCCACUAAUUUGAUAAAAAGUGGUUUCAAGGUCACUGUUUGGAACAGGACGCUCACUAAGUGUAAUGAAUUGGUAGAGUUAGGUGCUUCCAUUGGAGAAAGUCCUGCUAUUGUGGUCAAGAAAUGCAAGAUUACUAUUGCUAUGUUGUCUGAUCCUGCUGCUGCACUAUCGGUGGUUUUUGACAAAGAUGGAGUUCUUGAAGAAAUUGGCAGUGGUAAAGGGUAUAUUGAUAUGUCAACAGUUGAUCCUGAGACUUCCACCAAGAUCAGCGCGGCAAUUACGGCAAAGGGUGGUUCUUUCCUUGAAGCUCCUGUUUCAGGUAGCAAGCAACCUGCAGAAGCUGGCCAACUAGUAAUCCUUGCUGCUGGAGAUGAGGCAUUAUACAAUGAAGCAAUACCAGCUUUUGAUGUCAUGGGGAAAAAGUCUUUCUUCCUGGGGGAGAUUGGGAAUGGAGCAAAAAUGAAACUUGUUGUCAACAUGAUAAUGGGCAGUAUGAUGAAUGCAUUUUCUGAGGGACUUGUGCUGGCAGAAAGGAGUGGACUGAAUCCUUACAACCUCCUUGAUGUAUUGGAUCUGGGUGGAAUUGCCAACCCAAUGUUUAGGGGGAAAGGACCUGCUAUGCUCAAGAGCAAUCACGCCCCUGCUUUUCCUUUGAAACAUCAGCAAAAGGACAUGAGGUUGGCUGUUGCCCUUGGGGAUGAAAAUGCUGUAUCAAUGCCAGUAGCUGCUGCUGCAAAUGAGGCUUUCAAGAAGGCAAGAAGCUUGGGAUUAGGGGACUUGGACUUCUCAGCAGUUUAUGAGGUUGUGAAGAUGCAUAAGGAUUAAUCUUAUAAGAUAGUGUAAUUUACUCAUGGUUUAGCUUUGUUGGUGACUAUAUUACUAGUUUUAGCUUUGUGGUUUUUAUUGUACAACUGAAAACAUGUUUCAAGAUUUGUAUCCCAAGAAAUAAUGCUGUGAAUUCAAAUCUUGGUUGUCGUAAAA